CAAAUCUCAUGACUUAAAACUAUAAUUACCCAUUAAUGUUACGUUUCUGUAUGACAAAAUAAAAUGAAAUAUGUUUGCAAGUAAUUAAAAGUGCCUCAAUUAUGAUUAUCUAUCUAGAUUUUCUCACCCAUCCCAUCCCCAAUUUGCUAAAUCCAUCUCCGCCUCCACUCUUUCUCUUUCUAAAUCAACGCAUCGCAAUAGAUACAUACAGGCUCAAUAAAAAUAUAUGCGUACAUGUUUGCGUAUGUAUAUCCUCCUGAAGCCUGCAUUUAUCUCUAGGGUUUAGUAUUUUCCUAACUCCGACUUGAAAUUCGGAUUCGCAUGCGAAUUCUGCAGUAGCUGUGACUGAGGGUUUUUUACUCGCCUAGGGUUUUUUUUUUCAUCGAUCUGCGUGUCAAUGGAUUCCCCCUCUUCGUCAGUGGCAUUGACUACAAGAGACGGAUCGCCGUCCGCGGCGGCGGGGGAGGACGACGGUGCUCUGUUCGCGGAGGGUCUUGCUAAGGAGGCUGCUGUGCUGUUUCAGACUGGGAAGUUCGCGGACUGUUUGAGAAUUUUGAACCAGUUAUUGCAGAAGAAGGAGGAUGAUACGAAGGUCUGCCAUAAUGUUGCCAUUGCGGAGAGCUUACAAGAUGGAUGCUCAGAUCCUAGAAAGCUUAUUAAAGCACUCGAAAAGAUCAAGGAACAAAGUGAAGGACAUGCCUGUGCAUCUGGAGAACACUUGGAGGGUUUCAGCAACAAUGGAAGUGAACACACUUCCCGCAUUAGAGGAAAUAAUGCUCCCCCACAUCCUAUUUCAUCUUUUAUGUACAAUGAUGAAUUUGAUACCUCAGUGGCAACUUUCAACAUAGCAGUCAUCUGGUACCAUCUUCAUGAAUACACAAGAUCUCUCUCAUAUUUGGACACUUUGUAUCAGAACAUUGAACCUAUUGGCGAGGGGACAGCUCUCCGUAUCUGCCUUUUGCUGCUUGACGUCGCAUUACUUUCUCAUAAUGCAUCAAGAUCUGCCGAUGUGAUAAGCUACAUGGAGAAGGUUUUUUUUGUCAGUAGUAUGGGGAAUCAAGUAGAUAAUGGAUCCUCAGCACACCAACAACCUCUAUUAGUUCCGAAAUCCACGUCGCUUCCCAACAAUUCAACCCUUCAUGAUGGUUCUCACCCUGAUUCUACUUCAGAAAAUUCUUUAACCAGAACAUUAUCAGAGGAAGCACUUGAAGAUGAAUCUUUGCAGUUACUAUCCUCUCUUGACAUAAGUGGACAGAAUCUUCAAAGACCUGGCAUUGUCUCUGCUAAUGAUCUUCAAAGAAUCCAACCAGAGGGUUCAAUAUCAACUGCUGAUUUAAGGCUUAAGUUACAUCUUUACAAGGUUCGCUUUCUUCUCCUCACCAGGAACCUGAAAGCAGCCAAGCGUGAGGUGAAGAUGGCUAUGAAUCUGGCUCGUGGCAAAGAUUAUCCCCUGGCUCUCUACCUAAAGUCACAGCUUGAAUAUGCUCGUGGAAACCACCGCAAAGCAAUCAAGCUUUUGAUGGCAUCAAGUAACAGCACUGAGAUGGGAAUCUCUAGCAUGUACUACAAUGAUCUCGGCUGCAUCUACUACCGGCUUGGUAAGCAUCAUACAUCAGGAGUAUUUUUUUCCAAAGCCUUAAGUAAUAGCUCAGCUGCGCGGAAGGAGAAGCCUCCAAAACUCCUAACUUUGUCUCAGGAUAAAUCCCUCCUGAUUACGUAUAACUGUGGUAUUCAAUCAUUGGCCUGUGGCAGACCAUUUCAUGCAGCUCGCUGUUUUCAAAUGGCCAGCCUUAUCUUUUAUAACAGACCUCUUCUAUGGCUAAGAAUUGCUGAGUGCUGUUUGAUGGCCCUAGAUAAGGGACUGAUAAAGUCUUCCUCUGCAUCUGCGAUUUCUGAGAUUGGACUUAAUGUCAUUGGAAAGGGGAAAUGGCGACAGCUUGCUCUAAAAUAUGGUUCAUCCAAUGGCCAGGGAAGAUAUGUUGGAAUGCACAGUUCAAUUACAGUUGAUGGCAAACAGCCCGAUCUCUCGAUGUCUCUUGCCUGGCAGUCUCUUGUCAAUGCUUUGUUCUUAUUAGACUCUUCGGACACAAAUCAUUUCAAGGCUGAUAAGCCUCCUAGUUCUGAGGAAAAUGAGUCGGGAGAAGCACCAUUAUCGCAGAGUUCAAAUCUCAACAAUGCCACCGGUGGUGAUCCCAAAGCACCUACUGUGGCUUCUGGCUCAAGCCAAGUUCAUUCCAAUGGUGAAGUGAAAGAACACAAGGGUGGACAAAAUCUGGGUGGCACAUUGGCUAACUCCAUCCUUGAUUACGAACAUAUUCGCAGGAAGGAGAACCUGAUGAUAAGGCAAGCUGUGCUUGCUGAUUUAGCAUUUGUAGCGCUGGCACUAGGAGAUCCCGCGAAAGCCCUUUCAACAGCAAGAUCUCUACUAAAACUUCCCGACUGCUCAAAGAUGUACAUAUUUUUAGGAACCAUGUAUGCUGCAGAGGCUUUAUGCCUGUUAAAUAGGCCAAAGGAAGCUGCCGAGCAUUUGCUGAUGUACAUGGCUGACGGUAACAGUGUUAAGCUCCCAUAUAGCCAAGAGGACUGUGAGAAGUGGACAGUGGAAAAAGUGGCUGACACGGACGAGUCAAAUGGUGUCACAACAGCCGUUGUUAGUGGUCUCUCGACAGGAGAUGGAUCCCCAGCCUCGGUGUUUUCCAGCCCUGAGGAAGCUCGGGGGUUGUUUUGUGCAAAUUUUGCUGCCAACUUUGCGCUGCUGGGAGACUUUGAGCAGGCUCAACGAUUUUUAACCAAGGCCUUUUCUGAUAUACCGAAUAGUUCGCAAGCUAUUCUUACUGCGAUUUAUGUGGAUAUAAAGCGUGGUAGAACUGAAGACGCCCUUGCCAAGUUGAGACAGCACAGGGGAUGCAGAUUUGUGACGUUGAAUGGAAGCUGUUGAUGGGUUGUAUUUGUUGUUUUUGAUUGGUUGUUGAAGUUGAAGCCCUCACCUUCCUCCUGAGUUAGCAGGUAGGUUUGAGAAUCCUUGAAAAAGGGUUUUGUAACAUAUAUAUAGUUCAAAUUCAGCAAAUAAGUAUUUACUUAUGGAGUUAUCCGAUCCGGUAGGGUUUAGUGAUUGGUGGAUGCAAGAUCCUACCUGAUAGAGUUGGAGGUGUAGUUUUGAUUCAUAGGUAGAUUUGGUGCCUUAGAGUGCCACAUACAGCUCUUUGGGAAUCAAUAUGCACAAACAAGUUACCAAUUUUUACAUAGAUCGAUGCUGCCAUUUGCAGUCUGUUUUUUCA